GAUGGAGCGUGUGUCUUUCAGCUGCUGCAGCUCCUUCAGCACCCUGAAAAUACCUCCCUGUCCCAGAGCUGUCGCGCGCUCCGGCCUCGCCAUGCUCCUGCUGCUGGGGCUGUGCCUGGGGCUGCCCCUCUUCUCGGAGUCCCAGGAAGAGGCGCGGAGCUGGGAUGACGCUUCGGAGCAAGUGGCGCUCAGGGUCCCCAGGCAACUCAGGCUGUUGCAAAGGCUGAAAGCCAAGCCCUUGAUGACGGAGUUCUCCGUGAAGUCUACCAUCAUCUCUCGCUAUGCCUUCACCACAGUCUCCUGCAGAAUGCUCAACAGAGCUUCUGAGGACCAGGAUGUUGAGUUCCAGAUGCAGAUUCCAGCAGCAGCUUUCAUCACCAACUUCACCAUGUUUAUCGGAGACAAAGUGUAUCGGAGUGAAAUUACAGAGAAAGAAAAGAAAAGCCGUGAUAGGAUAAAGGAAAAAAGAAACAAAACCACAGAUGAUAAUGGGGAGAAGGGGACGGACACGUUCCAAGCUUCUUUAGUGAUUCCCAGCAAGGACAAAGCCGCGUUCCUCCUCAGUUAUGAAGAGCUUCUGCAGAGAAGGCUGGGGAAAUAUGAGCAUAUCAUCAGCGUGCGCCCCCAGCAGCUGGUGGGGAGGCUCACCGUGGAGGUGAACGUUCUGGAGAAGUCAGGCAUUGAGGCCUUGGAGGUGCUACCUCUUCACAACAGCAGGAAGAAGGGCAGUGGGGUGGCGGAAGGCGAUACGGGUCCUCCCCCUUCUACUGUUAUCAACCAAAAUGAAACUUUUGCCCAAGUUCUUUUUAAGCCGACUGUGGUCCAACAAGCUAAGAUUGCCCAGAAUGGAAUUUUGGGAGAUUUCAUCAUUCGAUACGAUGUCAAGAGAGAGCAGAGCAUUGGUGACAUCCAGGUUCUGAAUGGUUACUUUGUGCACUACUUUGCUCCUAAAGACCUCCCUCCUUUACCCAAGAAUGUGGUUUUCGUGCUUGACAUCAGUGCCUCCAUGGUGGGAGCAAAACUCCAGCAGACCAGGGAAGCCCUCGUCACAAUUCUCAAUGACCUCCGACCCCAGGAUCAUUUCAAUAUCAUUGGGUUUUCCAACCGGAUUAAAGUGUGGAAGGACCACCUGCUGCCAGUGACUCCUGAUAACAUCAGGAAUAGCAAGCUCUACAUUUACCACCUGUCACCCACUGGAGGUACAGACAUCAAUGGGGCCCUUCAGACAGCCAUCAAACUGCUCAACAAUUAUGUGGCCCAGAAUGACAUUGAAGAUCGGAGUGUGUCCCUCAUCAUCUUCCUCACAGAUGGAAAACCCACCUUCGGGGAGACCAGUACCCACAAGAUUCUCAGCAAUACCAAGGGAGCCACUGGAGGUCAGAUCUGCAUCUUUACCAUCGGCAUCGGCAAUGACGUGGACUUCAAACUGUUAGAGAAACUUUCGCUGGAGAACUGUGGUCUUACUCGGCAUGUUCAGGAGGAGGAGAAGGCUGGAGCACAGCUCAUCGGGUUCUAUGAUGAAAUCCGGACCCCGCUUCUCUCUGAUAUCCGCAUAGAUUAUCCUCCUGAUGUAGUAGAGCACGCCACCAAAACUCUGUUUCCCAACUACUUCAAUGGCUCUGAGAUCGUCAUUGCCGGGAAGAUGGUAGACAGGAAAUUUGAUCAGUUUCACGUGGAGGUCACAGCCAGCAACAGUAAGAAAUUUGUCAUCCUGAAAAAAGACAUCCCCGUGGAGUCCCAGAAGCUGGGAAAUGAUGUCACGGUCACCCCUGGGCCUGCCAGCGAUGGUGAGGAGGACCCCAACCACAUUGAGCGUCUUUGGAGCUACCUCACUGUGAAGGAACUGCUGAGCUCCUGGCUGCAGAGCAGCAGUGAGCAAGAGAAGGAGCAGCUGAGGCAGAAGGCCCAGGCUUUAGCCUUGAACUACCACUUCCUCACCCCCUUCACGUCCAUGAAGCUGAAGAAGCCAGGGCCCCACCCAGACAGGCUGGAGGACACCCGCGGCAUGUCAGCAGCCACAGGACCUGAGACAGUGGUGCAGAGCCUGCGAGGAGCCGACUCUGUGCAGCCAGGACCUGCUCUCAAGAAACCAUAUGGCCCAAGAAUUAAAAUCUCUAAAACAUCAGUGGAUGGUGAUCCCCAUUUUGUUGUGGAUUUCCCCUUAAGCAAACUCACUGUCUGCUUUAACAUUGAUGGAGAGCCUGGGGACAUCCUACGGUUGGUCUCUGAUCACCUGGACUCUGGGGUGACCGUGAACGGAGAGCUUAUUGGGGCCCCAGCACCUCCAAAUGGCCAUAAGAAACAGCGCACAUACUUCCGGACCAUCACCAUCCUCAUCAACCGGCCAGAGAGAUCUUACCUCGAGAUCACACCCAACAGGGUCAUCCUGGAUGGCGGAGACAGGCUGGUCCUCCCCUGCAACCAGAGUGUGGUGGUGGGGAGUCGGGGACUGGAGGUGUCGGUGUCUGCCAAUGCCAAUGUCACUGUCACCAUCCAGGGUACCAUCACCUUUGUCAUCCUUAUUCAUCUGUACAAAAAGCCAGCACCCUUCCAGCGAAACCACCUGGGCUUCUAUAUUGCCAACAGCAAAGGCCUCUCCAGCAAUUGCCAUGGCCUGUUAGGUCAGUUCCUGAACCAGGAUGCCAAGCUCAUAGACGACGCUCCUGCAGUGUACAGCAAGAAUCUUAGUAAUCAGCCAUUUCCUCAGACAGAAGGGAUGCCCGAGGCUAUCAUAAAGGUGAAAGGGCGCCGAGUUCCAGUGGUCUGGAAACAAAGGAAGAUUUAUAAUGGGCAAGAGCAGGUGGACUGCUGGUUUGAUAGAAACAAUGCCGCCAAGCUGAUUGACGGGGUGUACAAGGACUACCUGGCAUCUCAUCCAUUUGACACGGAGAAUACACUGAGCCUGAGGAUGUCCAGGAGAGCUGAGGCUGGCGGUCUUCAUGAGGAGAGUGUCUAACAGGGAACCUAAUUGGGGUCUGCUCUGAAUGCAGCUCUUCUUGUUACCUGUGCCUACCUUGGCUCUUGCUGUGAGCUGCACUGUGUAGCCUGCCCCCUGGUGGAGUGGAGGUCCAAUGUCUGCUAGAGCAAUGAGUCAGGGCAGGAAGCGGGAGUAGAAAGACUGCAUUCUUCUUCCCCUUCCUACCUUCCUCAUGCCAUCUCCAUUAGACAAAAAUGGUAGCACCAAGAGGAGAGGAGAUCUUAUUGAGGAAAAUUGUGUGGCACCUGGCUUGACCACCCCUUAAUCUACUGUAAAGUAACCCUCUCUGAAAAAGCAAGGUCGCCACAGAAUUUGUUUUCUCUGUAACAGUGUCCGAGUGUGGGCACUCUGCUUUUUGUCUUUUAUUCAUGCUUAGGAAUCUCUCUUUUCAGUUGCCUUCCUCAUUCAGAUGGUGCUCUCAACUUCUUCUCUCAAGGUUAUUUACAUCGGGGCCAGGCCACCCAUCCUGCCAACCAGUAGUCCACACAUUGGAUCACUUUAAAUGACUAAGUCUUUUCUUAGCAGAGGAUUUUUUUUCUGCUCUGGAAUCUUGCCCUUAAAAAUUAGUUUUCAUUGUAAAAAUUUGGUUGAAAAAUAGAAAAAUUAAUAUCCCAGAUAUGGAUCUCCUUCUGAUUGGCUUUACAGGCCACUUGACCUUGCUGGUAGAUAUUUUAUUUUAAUAAGCUAAGUGCUUUUUAAUAAAUAAGAAAACUCCCUGUGGAUGGUCUUUACUGGCCUGUCUUGGUGCUAGAGAGCCAGCUAGUUGAAAGAUAAAUCUUUUACUCCGAGCACUUCGGCUUUUGCUGUUAGUCCAAUACCUUCGGGUUUUGCCUUUAGAUGUCCAGGACAUAGUAAAUUACAUGAGAACAGUGCUGGCAUAAGAGAGAGACCUAGCCUAGAGUCAGCUGCUCAGCCUCCCGGUGGAAGGAACCAACUUUUCCAUUCUCAGAAGGAAGUGGAUUCACGCCUGCACACAUGGCUGGUGCACCAUGCACUAUAGCAGCACUGGCAGCCUGCAGAAGACAGGGCCCAUCAGUAUUCCAUCCAUGCUAGGGGAGGGGUCAUGGGGCCCCACUCCUGCCUAAAGAGCGAUGGGCAGUGAGUAAUUGCCUGAGAAAGGGGUGUCGUGUUCCUCGGUUGUAAUAUCUGCUGGUACGUUGCCCUGGCUCAAGAAAAUAACCCCCAAUUUACAGCACGCAACCCUAAUUGAAUACAGUAAAUCACAUACACAUUUGAGAUAGGAAAGUGGGAGGGUACUCGUGGGGCUGAAGGAAGCCAUAAGAGAAGAUCAUGGGAGGUGGUGGAGUGGGAUUAGGGAACAUUAGUUAGGGAUAUGCCUGAAAUUGUGAAUGAAUGCACCGAAUAAAAGAAAAUCUAAGGAGACAUUCUCACAUCUCAGAUGGGCACAAGCCAUGAGAUCAGUGUGCGUUUUAGUUGUAGUGCUUAGAUAAAUCUAACCCCCUAAGGAAAAGGUUACCAUCAGAGGGGGCUUGAAAAGAUUAGCAAGUGUGACGUGAUUGUGACUCUCUCCAUCAAGCCUAUCCACCUCAUCCAAGGGCCAGGAAGAUGUGGGAGAGCCUGGAGUCCCCUUCCUACACUCUGUGACAUUCUCCACAGUGCUUGGGCUUCUCCGGGCUGGCGUGUGAGGGGCCUGCAUGGAAACAGGUAAACAGGAAGUGAUGAGAAUGAACUGUGGAGAAAGGAAAACAACCAUGCUUGAGGGAAACGGAGUGAAAGGCUCCUGUGCUGUCCCCACAUAAGGUUCCUUCCACGAGGCACCAUGCCAAAGCGACCUCAGCCGUGAAACGGCAAGGCUGCUUGGCACUUGGAGAAAAAUUGGCAUCAAGAAAAUUGUUUUCCUUCCUGUGGGAAGCAUUUGAGCAGCACAAUGACAUCCACAUGUUCCUGUCUGACCCAGCAGCCUCAAGAGCCAGCUAGGGCUGCGUGCGUCUCUGUCUCUCUGUGAACCCACCAGGCCACAGCCGGUCAGCUGUGCUAUUUAUCUGACUCCCCGUGUUCCCAGUCUCAUCUGUCCGUUUUCAGGCCAGGAGUGCAAAGAUGAGCAACCCAGAUGGCCGCCAGAUGUUUCCAUCUUUUCAGGCUUAGAGAAAGAGGGGAUCUCAGCCAGGCCUAACCAAUGCUGGUCCUGUGUGUGUUCCAGAGCCCUUCCUAUUACAUAAAUCCCAGCUGGAGAGACAACUCUGGAGCCGUGGGUGGGGAUGACGGUGGAGGAUGGGGGGUGGAGGGAGAGGGAGAGGGGCAGCCCACCAACCCUCUGGGUUACUCUCAGAGCUAUGAUAUGGGUAUGUUGUUCUCGAUGUUGCCUUCACCGCCAACAGAAGGAUAUCAUUGGGUGAGAGCGGUGUCUACUGUUUUCUGUUGUCAAAGAGCAGACGCUCAUGGGAGGUACCCAUCACUCGCUCUCCUUUCUAGCAAAGAAAUCCAUUUAAAAGGUGACAGAUUUUUCUUAACUCUGGACAUAUAUUCCACAGCAGUGUUCGUUCUCUCUCUCUCUCUCUCUCUCUCUCUCUCUCUCUCUCUGCAAAAAGCAUGUACUAUUCAGUUAUCUAAAUUAUCCAAUAGAGUUAGAAGUCUUAUCUGCACCCCAAACCAUAUACCAACAGGAAAGUUUUCAUUUGACUGGGUGUGUGUGUUGUGGGUAGAAACUUCAAGGACCUGCAAAGGAAAUGACUGUGUUUUCAAAAGGGGGAAAUAGAGGCAGGUGAGGCACUUUCUUCAAGUUACAUAGAAGACAUAAAAUAGGGGUAGAGCUGAACCUGCAGAAUUCACGUUAGAUUUGAUGGUUUUCCACCAUCUGGUCAAACAUUAUUUUCCUUGAACAUUUUGUAAAAGAUAAAGUGGGAGGUUACUAAAUAAGCAGUUGACUGGGCUGGAGAAAAAUGUUGAAGUUAAAUGAGAUAAAUCAAGUUGUUAUUGCAGUAGCUAGUGCUGAUGAGUCAGUGAACUGAAAUGUUGAACAAAGUCACGCUCUGGCUUCCAGUCCCCCCCCCCCCUUUUUUUGUGAAGAAAGGCAUAGAAAUGGGUCAUUUUAAAGAAUCUUCUUAUUAAAAUUUUAUAUGAAAUUAUCGGAAUGCCCCCACUCUACCCUUGCCAUGGAGGUUGAGGAUGUUCAGCAGGAUGAAAUAUCAUGCCCAAAAGCCACCCUGAAGAUGCAGAAAGCUGGGAAUUGGGAACAACAGCUCUUGGUUGUUAUCAGAAGUUGUAGUCAAUAUUUACCUGGGACUCAGGAGGCAGAGGCAGGCAGAUCUCUGAGUUAGAGGCCAGCCUGGUCUACAUAGUGAGUUCUAGGAUAGCUGGGGCUAUGUAGAAACCCUGUGUCAAAAACUUUGUGUGUGUGUGUUUUAACCUGAACUGUGUGUCCUCACAGAUGGAUAAGAGCAGGGUUCUUUGGAUAAUGAAUGCUGGGGAUUGAAAGCAUCCUUCCAAAAUCCAUAUGCUUAAGUAUAAACCCCCACUGUGAUGGUCCUUGCAGGUAGAAUAUUUCAGAAGUGAUCAUCUCCUGAGAAUAAAGGCCGUAUGAUUGGUUUAGAGUGUUCUUGAGUACAUACAUACACAGGAGGACCUGGUGGGAGAGAGGGGAUGGAUGGAAAUGAUGUAAAUAUAGUACUCACGUAUGACAUUCUUUAAAAAAAAAAAGUUUGUUAAAAAUAAAGGGACUCAGUUGGUAAAGUGGUCACCUUGCAAGCACAAGAAACUCUGAGUUCAAUCACCAACUCCAAACAAGUAGGCAUGGGAUGCACACUCUCGAUCCCAGUACUGGGGAGGCCGAGACAGCCAGAUCCCUGAGGCUUGCUGGCCAGUCUCGUGGUCUUGGUGAAUUCCCAGCCAAUGAGAGAAUCUGCUCGAAAAGAAAAAGAAGAUGGCAUCUGCGGAAUGGAAACCAGGGUUACCUUCUGUCUUCCACAUGUGAAGCACACUAGGACUCUUAUGUGCUCCUACACAUAAGAACACACACACAAAAGACAGAAGAGGCAUGAAGUUACUUCUUUUAUAUAAAAAUAUAACACAAAGGUAGCCAUGCAGAAGCCAGGAACCACACCAGAUAACAAAUCUGUGCCUUGAUCCAGAUCUUCUCAGUCUCCAAACCUGUACACAAUAAAUGCCUUCUGUUUAAACCACCCAAUUUAUAGCCUUCUUUAUAUAGCAGCCCAGGCUCACAAAGACAAUAAAGCAUCCAAACUACAAGGUUUCACCUUGAUUCAGGCUACCUAGAAUGCACAAAAGCAACGCUGUUGUUAAAAUCUGAAAGACUCCUGGAAGCAUAAGGACGUGAUCCAGCUAAAAUAAACAGCAAUCACAAUAACACAGCUAACCAAAUACUUAGAGAUGCAAUGUUAAAUAUUUAUUUUAGCCCGUUUUAAAUAAGGAGGGGACAGAUUGUUCGCAUCUCAAGAGACUUUGUUUCUUAAAAGCUUGUAAGAAAAUGAUGUCUAAAAACAAACAGCAUCGUAUGUUUAUUUUUUAAGGGAAAAUGGAAUCAGGGCUACUGAGAAUAAAACUUGAUAAUUCUAACCGCAGUGCUUGUUUGUAGAAAUUUCUGCACUACAGUCCUGAACCUAAGUAUUCUUGUGUCAAUGAUGAACCAUAUAUAUGACAGUGGUCCUGUAAGAUUAUAGUAGAGUUGAAAAUUCUGUUGCUCAGUAUUGUUACUGUAUUUUUAAUCUCUACAUGUGUUCAUAUACACAAAUAUUUACCACUGUGUUAUAGUUGCUGAAAGGAUUUAUAGUCACAGCUAUACAUGUUUGUAUUCCAGAAGCAAUAAGUUAUGCCAUGUAGCAUUGGUGAAUAAUAAAUAAUGCCAUCUAG